UGACGCAGAGCCAGCCGUAGCAGCAACAGCAGCAGCAUCCUCAGCCUAUUUCUACCACCGAGCUCUGUCCUCACUCAGCAUCCUUCCCACUAACACCAACGAGAUAAAGGAUAUGAUGGCCACCUCGUCCUCCUCCUCCACCCUGGAAGAAGAUGAAAGUUUGAAGAGCUGUGAGAUUUUUGUGCAGAAGCACAACAUCCAGCAGAUCCUGAAAGAGUGCAUCGUGAACUUGUGCAUUGCUAAACCUGAGCGCCCUAUGAAGUUCCUGCGGGAGCAUUUUGAGAAGCUGGAGAAGGAAGAAUGCAAGCAAAUCAUGGCACGCCAGAAAUCUAACAGCCAGUCUGACUCACACGAUGAUGAGGUCUCUCCUCCACCGCCAAACCCAGUUGUCAAAGCCCGGCGUCGCAGAGGAGGAGUCAGCGCCGAGGUUUACACCGAAGAGGACGCCGUCAGCUACGUGCGCAAGGUGAUUCCAAAGGACUACAAGACCAUGACAGCUCUGGCAAAGGCCAUCUCCAAGAAUGUGCUGUUUGCUCACUUGGAUGACAACGAGAGAAGUGACAUAUUUGAUGCCAUGUUUCCAGUCACUCACAUCGCAGGAGAAACAGUGAUCCAACAAGGUGAUGAAGGAGACAACUUUUAUGUCAUUGACCAGGGUGAAGUGGACGUGUAUGUGAAUGGGGAGUGGGUGACCAAUAUUGGAGAAGGGGGCAGUUUUGGAGAGUUGGCCCUGAUCUAUGGAACCCCUCGAGCUGCCACGGUCAAGGCCAAGACGGAUCUCAAACUGUGGGGCAUCGACCGAGACAGCUACCGCCGCAUCCUCAUGGGCAGCACACUGAGGAAGAGGAAGAUGUAUGAGGAGUUCCUGAGCAAGGUCUCCAUCCUGGAGUCUUUGGACAAGUGGGAACGUCUGACUGUGGCUGAUGCUCUGGAACCGGUCCAGUUUGAGGAUGGAGAGAAGAUUGUGGUGCAGGGAGAACCUGGAGACGACUUCUUCAUCAUUACAGAGGGAAUAGCCUCUGUUCUGCAGCGCAGGUCUGACAACGAGGAGUAUGUGGAGGUGGGACGCCUCGGUCCCUCAGACUACUUUGGGGAAAUUGCCCUGCUCUUGAACCGGCCCAGGGCGGCUACUGUAGUCGCCCGUGGUCCACUCAAGUGUGUGAAGCUGGACAGGCCCCGCUUCGAGCGUGUGCUGGGGCCGUGCUCGGAGAUCCUGAAGAGAAACAUCCAGAGAUACAACAGCUUCAUCUCUCUCACCGUGUGACAGACCGGCUCCCCCCGGGGGCCCCACCAGCAGGGGUGGGCUGCGUCAGUAUCACAGUUUUAAACCGUGGGUGGGACAUGGACGAGGGCACGGGUUAAAGGACGCGGGUUUUACAUCUUCUUAAAGACAGCACAUAUUUUCUGCCCCUCUCCCCGCCCCGUGCUGUGCUUUACCUUUUCUUUCUUUUUCAUCUUGUGCACUUUGACCUGUGCUGUUAGCUAGCUUUAUGUCACCAACAACAAAAAACAACAACGCAGGAGUGUGAAAAUCAGAGCGCAAGGACAGAGACCCCCGUUGAAGGAAUCACAGUCUGACGACUUCAUACGAUGCAUGCUUUUAGACCGACAGAGACGGACGCUGGCACUUCUGUGAAUUUAGGGAGGAUGUGGAUGAAUUCAGGAAAUAAAACAGGAAGAGAAGUGAUGUUUAUGUACAGCGGGAGGAAGUGAGUUCACAUUUCUUUGCUUGCUGUCUGUGGCUUGCCUUUUUUUUUUUUUUUUUAGGAAAAAUAUUUUAAGUGUGUGUGGAGCUAUUUCUGGGUCCAACAAGAGUCUGCGCUCCACAGACUGUGUUUCCUGAUAAAACUAGAUGUAGGGGUUUGAAGAAAACGUUCAUUUGAAGUGUUUUAUAAAUGUCUGCUUUUCUGCUAUUACUGUAUAGCAACGCUGCUAGAGGCGCCGAUAUGUUUUAAAAUUUUAAUCUAAUUUAUUGUGUGGCUUUUAAAUCCAGUUUUAUUGCUGAGAAGAAAACAAUUCUUUUGUUGUUGUUGUUGUUUUUUUAUCUAAAGUGGUUCAGUCUGAUCUGUGAGAUCUGCUCCACAUAUAUACAACUAAAAUAUAACACACGUGUGUAUGUAAUUACAACACUGUCUCAGGACUGAAACCUGCAACACACACUCACACACACACACACACACCUUAUACCUUGUAUUGCUGUUAAUGCUGCUUUUUCUUCUGAUUCUUUGCUAAAUAAAAGCUGAUGAAGCCGGGCUGUUACAGCAGUUCACAUCACCCGAUUUUAAGACAUUGAAGAAAAAUAAAAUAGAAGUUAAAACGGACACGUAAACUUCUGUUGUUUUACGUUAAUCAGCUGUAACCUCUCGAAAGUUGCACAACCAAAACCCAGCGUCUGUACAAAACUUUCUGUAUUUUCUGUCUCUGUAUCUCUUUAUUUCAACUAUCAAACAAUGUUGAGAAAAUAAAAGUUAAGUAUGUGAAA